AUGGGAGACAGCAUGCAUCCAGCCCACCCGCGCAUCACCCGCAACCACUCGUGCUUCUCCUGCCAGCAGCGCAAGGUGCGGUGCGACGGACAGCAGCCAUGCUCGUCCUGCCGCAGAAACAGGAUAGAGUGUGUCCCCGGUAGGCGGACGAAGCCAUCGAUGCAGCGACGAGAGGCCGGCCGGGCAGCAGCGGCAGCGAACGAGCGUCUGGUGCGCCGGCUGCGGUGCUGCGAAGAGGCCCUCAGGGAGCACGGCAUCCAGGUCGAUGACGAGCAGACGGGGGAGACGGCCUCGCGAGAGCUUCUGCUGCCUCCGCCAGCGCCUCCUCAGGGCCAGAUGAUAGUCAAGUCGAAGGACUCGCGCUAUGUUGAGAACUGGCUGUGGAAGGGCCUGUCGGAUGAGCUGCAAGAUCCGGAGAACCUGGACGCGGAUGAAGAGUCGCAGUUUGAUAUCGAGCCGCCAGAGAGCGAGCCCCUGAGCCUGUUCGGCGACUCCCGCUACAUCGACCUCCACGGCAUGCAUCCGCCAGCACCACAGCUCUUCCAGCUGUGGCAGGUCUAUCUGAACAACGUCAACCCGAUAGUCAAGAUCUUCCACGCGCAGACGGUGCAGCGGAUGGUCCUGGACGCGGCCGCAGACCUGCGCAGCGUCUCCCGCAGCACCGAGGCCCUGCUCUUCGCCAUCUACACGGCAGCAGUAACAUCAACAGACGAGGAGACCUGUCUGAGACUGCUGGCCGAGUCCAGGGUAGCUCUUAUCAGCCGUUUCUCCAAGGCGACCAAGCAGGCCCUGACCAACGCCGAGUUCCUGCGGUCAACUAAUAUCAUCACCCUACAGGCCCUCACUCUAUACUUGCUGGCAACACGGCAUACAUACGAACCUCAUACGCUCUGGCUGUUCACCGGCAUUGCCUCUCGCACGGCCAGGGCCAUGGGCCUGCACCGCGAGGCCAGUCUCAGGGGCUUCUCUGUCUUCGAGCAGGAGAACCGCCGGCGGCUUUGGUGGCAGAUCCUCAUCCUCGAUAGCCGCUCCGCCCAACUUUCCGGCGUGGCCGUCAACCCAGACUCGUAUCUCUUCUGGGACACCCGCUGCCCACUCAACCUCAACGACAGCGACCUCGUCCCGUCCAUGCGCGAGCUGCCCGCCGAGUACGACGGACCGACAGAGAUGCUCUUCUGCCGCAUCCGGUUCGAGGUCGGCGAGUGCAUGCGCAGGCUCAAGACCCUCGAACACCGCCAUGCAGACGACGGCAACAGCAGUGCGGCGCAUAGGGCAGAGGAGAGCCAGCUGAUAGACGAGCUCGAGGCCAGGCUAGAGCAGCGGUACCUUAAGAAAUGCGAUCCCUCCAUCCCCUUCCACCUGCUAGCUCUCUACUUAGGCCGCUCUUCUGUCUGCCAGAUGCGCCUGUCCAUGCACACUCGCCAGUGGUACUCGGGCAAGGGGCCCAGCCUCGCCCAGGCAGAAAGGGACCAGGUCUUCAGUCUGGGCCUGGAGAUCAUCGGGUACGACAACCUUGCAUACUCGCACAAGCCACUGCAGCCAUACCGCUGGCACGUAGCCAUGGCGUUUCCCUUCGAGGCCCUCAUCCUUGUCCUGACCGAGCUGCUGGCCCGGUUCGAGGGCGAUCUGGUCCGGCAGGCUUGGGAGCGAGUCAAUCAGCUCUAUGCGGACCACCCGGAGAUCAUCACUGCAGCGAGAACCAACACUCUUGUCUCCGCACUCGUCAGUCUGACCACAAGGGCGUGGGACAAGCUCGCAUCCACGACGCAAAACUCCUCACAUCUUCUCCAGUACGCAGCCGAACCCCAGUGCAUAUCGAAACUCCGCAGUCUUCGCAGGGAUCGGCGCCCGUCGUCACCCUCGGCCCAGGUAUCACCUGUACUAGACGAGUACCUUUCUCCCGCCGCCACCGCUGCAGCCGUCAGGGAUACGGGGCAAGAUCUCGUUCUCUCCGGUACCACCGAGGAGCCUGCAGUCGACAUAUCGCAAAUCGACUGGAGCUACUGGCAGGCAUUGAUAGAGGGGGAGGGCGCCCCUUUUCAGCGGUAG